AAUGUCUCUCAGUCCGGCAUUCCGUACACCCUUUACUGACUUAACAGGACAUUUAGCUAAUCAUCAAUAUUAUUCUCCAUGUGGUAAAAUGGAGAUGAAAAUGAUGAACUGCUUAGAAGCUUAUGGACUUCAUAAGGGUAAACAAGUAUGCGCAGAUAUGAUAGAAGAUUUCAACGAAUGCGUUUUGAAGAAAAAACAGCUUAAAAGAUUAGAGAUCAUGCUUAAUGAACGUCAACGUCAAUAUGAAGCAGGGGAACGUAGCAAAGAAGAGUAUUUUGCACCUGCUCCAAGAGUUGAUGCUUAUUAAAUUAAUUAAAAAAAUGAUUACUAGUGUGAAAAUUAUUUGCCGAACAAAUAUAUUGUA